CAACUAAUGGAGGCUUAUAUACGACAAAAACGUGCCUCUCCCGGUAUGGUGCAGGCCAGUGAUUUACAAAUAAACCGUCCCAUGUCGGGUCUAAGAACAAGCAAUAGUCGUGAAAUGCACGCCUACGAUGGACCAAUGCAAUUUAUUAGCUCACCCCAAAAUCCAGAUCAAAUUCUGGGUAACACUACCACCAUUAAUGCCACAAUUGGAACCAGUACUACAACGGUCUCGAAAAAUAGUGUCAAAUAUGUAAAUAAUUCUAAUCACAGCCAGAAUACGCCCAAACGUUUAAAUACUCAUAAGGAUGAAGAUUUAAUAGAGGAACUUUCCACACAUGACCUGGAGGAUGAGGAAAGUAGUCCUGUCGUUAUGUUGGCCGAAACGCCACAUCAUCAGCACAGUAGUUCUACAAAUUCAGCCUCCUCUCAGCCUCGACAACCACGUAGUCGCCUACAAUCGUUUGACGAUGAUUUGGACGAAGAAGAUUACGCCAAUCGCAAUAAUAUUGCUCAUGCUGCACCUGUUAUGCCGGCCAAACAAGUCAGUUCAUCGAAUAUUUCCAAGACUGGUAGUGGUAAAGAUGAAACUGAUGGCAAUGCUUCAGAAUCUGCUGAACCCGAGGGCGAUCUUAUUGGUAACAUAGAACAUUUUGUUAUGCAACCUGCCCCACAAGGUGUUCUCUAUAAGUGUCGCAUAACACGUGAUCGCAAGGGUAUGGAUCGUGGUCUAUUUCCCAUUUACUAUUUACACUUGGAAAGAGAUUAUGGUAAAAAGAUCUUUUUGUUGGGUGGCCGUAAACGUAAGAAGAGUAAAACAUCGAAUUAUAUUAUCAGUUGUGAUCCAACCGAUUUGUCACGCAAUGCUGAGGGUUUUUGUGGGAAAUUAAGAUCGAAUGUUUUUGGUACCUCGUUUACGGUGUAUGAUAGUGGCAGUAAGGAGAAUGCGGAAAGUCCUAGACUGGAUUUAGCUGUUAUAAUAUAUGACACUAAUAUUUUGGGUUUUAAGGGACCAAGAAAUAUGACCGUUAUACUGCCUGGUAUGACUGAAGAUGAUCAAAGAGUAAAAAUCAGUUCAGCUGAUCCCAAACAACAAGGUAUUAUGGAUUUAUGGAAAUGUAAAAAUCUCGACAACAUUGUGGAAUUGCAUAAUAAAACCCCUGUUUGGAAUGAUGAAACUCAAUCGUAUGUUUUGAAUUUUCACGGACGUGUUACACAGGCUUCAGUGAAAAAUUUCCAACUUGUACACGAUUCAGAUCCUGAUUAUAUCGUCAUGCAGUUUGGACGUACUUCAGAAGAUGUUUUCACUAUGGACUAUCGUUAUCCCUUGUGUGCUUUGCAAGCCUUUGCCAUUGCUUUAAGUAGUUUUGAUGGUAAAAUUGCGUGCGAGUGAAUGGGGGAAGAAAAUCGCAUACACGAGAGCUUAAAUUGUAAAAAGGAUGUAAAGAAAUAGUGGUAGUAGUAUUGAGUACUUAUUACAAUAUAAGUUCCUAGCUAUUGAAAUAAGCUCUAUAUUUAUAUAGUUAAGUAAGGUCAGCAAAGGUUCAAUCUAUGUCUAAACUAUAUAUUUUAUGUGUAUGUGCUAGAAGUCUGAUCAUAAAUAGUUGUUGUAUAUAUAUGUACUUAGUUUUGUAAUCUUUGUAAAAUAGCCGAUUUCUGGUGUUUUUAUUACUUCUCUGCUAUUUUGUAAUAGAUGAAAAGCUAAGGAUAUACCUAUAGAUUUAUUAUACGUUAUAUUUUUUAUUUGUUAGAUUUAUGUAGAGGUUUCUCCCCUAUAGAUUUACUCAUGUAUUAAAAUGCCUUAAAUUUGGAAAAAGAAAAUAAUUUGUUAGGAUUAUAUAAUAAAGAAAUUUAGUUUAAAAAUAGUUACUGAGUUUUGGCGGUUAGACAACAGGAAUAUACAAUUUUGUAUUAGCUAUAAUAUCUCGAAGAUAUUAUUCUUUUGAAUCAUGCCCCGAUUUAUCUGUAAAAAGCUUAAAAAAUAGUAAAGUAGAGUCCAAAGAUAACUCUUUCACAUUUUAGUUCAUAAGUUUCGUUCGAUAAUUAAAGACAUCAUGGCACCGAUUCAAGAAACUUUGCGAUUCGAAAUUUCGAAGUACAAGUAUUACACUUAUUAGAAGUUAUUGUUUUAAUUCAAUCCUCCUAUAAAGUCUUCUCUAGUCUGAUUCCUUAAAUUACAAUUCAACUAAAUAUUCACUCACGAAUCUGGAUUUAUAAACGUAGAUUCUUAAACGUAGUUUUACUAAAGAAGUCUAUAUGUAGUUCGUUGGUCCAUAUCCCCUGUGCACCGUAGUGUAGAAUCUAACUUUUUUAGAAAAUCAUUUAUAAACAACUUGGUCAAGCAAAAGUUGAGUUAACAUUUUGAAGAUAAUUCCUAUUACAAACCCCCCUAGUGCGACGCUAUGGGACUCGGAAAAGGCUACCUUUGACUUUUUUAAUAUUUUUAUGGGUUUCAUGAGAUUUUAUAUAUAUGUAUAUUCUGAAAGUCCUAGUAAAAUUUUAAAACGAUUGCUGUCUUAUUAACGUAAUUAUUAUUCUUUAAACUUUAUUUCCGGAAACACUUAUUUUGGGGGCUAAAUGAAAUCGUUGUUGUUAUAGCAGCGACAUUUAGAAUUAUACAAAUAUAUAGUUAAAUUAUUCCCUACUCUUCUUCUUCUUCGAUCUGUUUAUUUAAAUCAGUUAGAUCUAAAUCCAGUAGACAAACCGCAUCUAUUGCCUGGGUCCAAAGAGAUUCAGGUUCCAGUUUAGUUGGAUUUGUCCUGCAGUUAAAUAGAUGUUGAACAUUGUGUGGGCCUAUACCACAUCUAGGACCAUGAUCAUGAAUAUUGUUGUUUUUCCUCAACCAAUACGAGUUCAAAAGGGUACAUCAUACCGAUCUUAAUGGCAUCAAUACCACUCUAGUGCAACGUGUUAGGUUUCAUUUCUCCUUUGCAAUGGGUAGGGGACGACCACCCAAUGGGUAUUGAUGGAGUCUUCCACCGCUUUUUGGUGGAUAGUAUUUAAAGUUGUUUUCUCUAAGUUGCAUCCUGAUGUUCUUGAAUGUCGAUCUCAUACAGGUGAUGAUCUUUUCUGCUAUGCCUCGAGGAGUUCUAACUCCGUUAGAUGGUAGUUCGAUUAGCCGCUCCAAUAACAUUCCAGUAGGAACUGCUUUAGAUCCAUAUGGCUUCUAUUCAAUAACAAACAAACCUUUUCAAAAAAGAAUAAUUGUGCAAAAGUUCAGCACUCUAGCUUUCGACUGAAAGAGAGACGAACAGAUAUAGAUAGUUUUGAGGGUCUACGGCCAAUAUUUCGACCUUUAACAAUGAGUUUUUACCCUUAUAGUCCUUUAUAAAACUAUAUACUUCAACUCGUAUAACUGUAUAGCGAUGAAAUUUGACUUAAAUAACGUUUAAAGGAAUCAAAAUCUCUGUACCCUAUUUGAGCCCACACGCCCCAUAUGACGCCCCUUAGCAAACUGUCAACAUUCAAUCAUUAUAAGUUUUACAAUUUCUAUUGAAAUAAGUUGAAUAAUUUUAAUGUCCAUGAGACCAAUUAUGUAGGUCGUUUCUUAAGGAUUGGACCGCUCUGAAUACGAAUCUGACCUUAGAUUUUCUCCAUCAAAUCUAGGAUUUGAGAUAUCCUGUUCUGAAAUUUGAAAAUUUUUGCCGCUUUUUGAGACGCUAUAACAGCCUGUUCAGUAUACCAUCUGAACAGGCUUAUCAUCUGACAUAUCUUCUUUCUUUUUCGAGAUAUCUUUACAUAAAGCUUGAAAACUCAUAGUUUUCGGUAUAUUCGUGGUAUUUAUAACCUACACUACUAUAAUGUGGAUGGUAUUAUGCUUUAUAUUUAUAACGAAUAAAAAUAUUGGAUCCACAUCUAAAAAUCAGUUUCUGAUUUGACUUAACGAUGUCCAUCUGUCAACAUCAGUGGUUGAUAUCUCAGAAACUACAGCAGAUUUCUAUAACAAUUCAAAAAGUGUUUUCCUAGGAAAUUGAAACAUAUAUGUUUUAAAAAAAUAGAGGCAAAAAAGGACGAAAAAAUGUAUUGUUAUAUCAAGCUUUGGGUGAAGAUAUCUCAAAGAAGAAUGAAGAUAUAUUAGAUGACAGAAUGGACUUAUAGACGUCAUACAAUGGACUUUUUGGCACUGUUAUAAUGUCUCAAAAAUAGACAGAAAAAUACGUUUUUUCAAACUUCAAGACACUAUAUCUGUAUUGCCAGAAAUGGAGAAAUUCUGAGACCAGAUUCGGAUUCUUUCCUCAAUCUUGUUUAACAAUUUGUCGUCCUGUGUUAUAGUUAUUUAGAAACUACACAUAACCCUUAAUUUGAGACCUUGAUUUCUAUUCUUGUCUAUUUAUCUUCAAAAAAUUCGCUAAAUAUGGAAAUUAUCUAAAAUAUAUAGAAACAGAUUAAUAGGUAAUAGAUUUUUCUUACGAAAUAUUAAUUGAAAAUAAGUAAAAAAGGAAAACUAAUUCUGUCAUUGUAUUUAUGAACUUUUCAUAUAUUGAAUGAAAAUGGUUUUGGGAAAAAAGAACUAAAUUUACAAUUGUUUAACAUUAAAAAUCUGAUGCUGCU